GUAUUUCCGUUGACUCCAUCUAAGAAGCGAUAGCAAAAUUCGCCAGGAGUGUUGCUAUUCUAGGGCUGAUAUCCGCCUACCUGUCAGCGGAUCCCUCGAUCACGUACUGGGUGUAAUUUCUGGAUCACUGGGAGGAAUUAAAACUCUCAAUUUGAAGAUUAAUCGGAAAUCAGGAGACGCGCGUGUCGAAAUGGUAGUGGCCAAUUAACUUAAAGCCAUCCAUCGAUUUCGCUAGCUUAGCGCCGUUAUCCAGAGGGAACGGUUUUAAAGUGAAGCUGCUGAACCGCUGUAAUGAAUAUUAUAAUAAACAGUGAUGAUCAAACGCUGUUCGCACUCAAAGAUAAUCGAUCAACUCGGCUGCUUCACGUUGUUUAUGUUCCGUUUAACCGCAUAGCUAACGUUACAUUCGGUGGGCACGACAGGUAUUGUUUUUAAUGUUAUUUAACGUUACAAACGGACAUACCUUAUUAGACUGGUCAUGAAAUCCUUACUAUAGUUUUUUUUUUAAUAAACUGGCGGUCCAUCAGAAAACCAACCGGUUUCUGCACUGUUUCGGACGCUCUCUGCUUUUUGCUUUGGCUUUUAGUGGCGCGAGCGUCAGCGCGAGGUCAUGCGCGCCACCGCUGAGCAGCUGUCAAUCACAAUUGCUCGCGAGAGAUCGCAUUGAAGCGGCUUGCUACAGUGUUUUAGGGUACCAUAAUACUUUCUGCAGUGUUUCACGACUGAGACAGUCGACUUGCAGUCGUUUGGAGAGUCUCGUAGUUGUAGGUGGAGGGAAGAAGGCGUAUCGACUGGCCAUGCCCGGUCCGGUGAGCAGUAAAGCACGGGUGUAUGCUGAUGCCAACACUGUGAAGAGCAAGGAAUACUGGGACUAUGAAGCACAUGUGCCUAGCUGGAGCAAUCAGGAUGACUACCAGCUUGUACGGAAGCUCGGAAGAGGCAAAUACAGUGAGGUGUUUGAGGCCAUCAACAUCAACAGCAACGACAGAGUAGUUGUUAAAAUACUGAAGCCUGUUAAGAAGAAGAAGAUUAAGCGUGAGAUCAAAAUUCUGGAGAACUUGCGAGGAGGAACCAACAUCAUUCGUCUUGUAGACACCGUGAAGGACCCUGUGUCUAGAACGCCUGCCCUUGUGUUUGAGUACAUCAAUAACACGGAUUUCAAGGAUCUCUAUCAGAGACUAACAGACUUUGAUAUCCGGUUUUACCUGUAUGAACUUCUCAAGGCGCUGGACUACUCUCAUAGCAUGGGCAUCAUGCAUCGGGAUGUCAAACCUCACAAUGUCAUGAUAGACCACCAAAUGAGAAAGUUGCGGCUUAUAGAUUGGGGUCUCGCUGAGUUCUACCACCCUGCACAGGAUUACAACGUUAGGGUCGCCUCAAGAUCAUAUAAGGGACCAGAGCUGCUGGUUGACUAUCAGAUGUAUGACUACAGUCUGGACAUGUGGAGCUUGGGCUGUAUGUUAGCCAGUAUGAUCUUCCAGAAAGAGCCAUUUUUCCAUGGUCAAGACAACUAUGACCAGUUGGUCAGAAUUGCCAAGGUUCUGGGAACAGAAGAGCUGUUCAGCUACCUGAACAAGUAUCACAUCGAGCUGGACACGCGCUUCAAAGAUCUGCUUGGCCAGCAAACACGCAAGCGCUGGGAGAACUUUGUUCAGCCUGAGAAUCAGCACUUGGUGAGCCCAGAAGCUCUGGAUUUGCUGGAUAAACUCCUGCGUUACGAUCAUCAACAGAGAUUGACUGCCCAAGAAGCCAUGGAGCACCCCUACUUUUAUCCUGUGCUGAAGGGACAGCCUCUGUCAAACUCAGAAGGCGCUCUGGCAAUAAGCAGCUCGACCACAACAUGAUGGGCUAAAAGCAGGAAAACCUUUUUACCUCAACAUGUCGUGCAGAGACAUGCUGCCUUUCAGGUGUGAAGCUUCAGUUUACUGGAGCAAGAAGUUAUUAAGCAACACAAGACUUGUACAGAAUGAACACAAUGGGCUGUAGUCCUUCUCUUACAUUCACUUUGUAUUAGUGCUGCUUGCCAUCGUUAUCUAGGUACCAAACUGGUGUCCCCCCCCCUAAUCUUCCCUCCUUUGAGUUGAACAUCUCCAUUUCAUUUUUGGAUCAACACUGAAUUAAGCUAUAAUAUAACGAGAGGGAAAGAAUGCCUGCUCUUUCCCCAUGAUUCUCAGGCUGUAGAUGAUUGAUGGAGGCUCCUGAUCCUGGUUGCAUUAUGUUCUGGAAGAUUGUGUUGUUCAAUGACUUGCCCUGCUGAUAUGAGCUCAGAUUAUAAACUAUAGUAUUGUCGGGUAUGGAGGCUUUACUGCAAUUUAUUGAAAAUAAGAUAUAUUAAAUGAAACUGUUUUUAAUCGG